AUGUUCUUGGCCUCUUCUUACCGUUUUUGUUUCUUACCUUUAUCUAUCUUAUUUUUGUCUUUUUUUUCUUUGUGUUUUUCUUUUUUUUUCAAUUUUCUUUAUUCCUUUUUCUUUCUUCCCUUUUUCUUCUUUAUUUUUUUCAUUUUUAUUCCUUUUUUUCGUUUUUUUAUUCUUUUUUCUUAUUUCUCUUUUCCUUCUUUAUUUCUGUCUUUUUUUUCAUUUUUCAUCUUUUUUUUUAAUAUUUUCUUUCUUAACUUUUCUCUUUCUUGCUUGUUUCCUUUUUUCUUUCUCGUGUCUUUUUUUUCUUGCUCCCUUUCUCUUUUUGAACUUUUCUCUCUCUUGCUUUUUUUAGCCUUUAUUCUUUGUUUUCUUUCGUUGCUUGCAUCUUUUUCUUUCUUUCUGGCUUACAUUUUCCUUUUAUUUUUGGUCUACAAUGUAUAUCUAUGUUCUUUCUUUCGAUGUUAUUUCCUUCUUUUUUCCAUACUUUUCUUCAUCCACGUGUUUUCUUUUCUCUGUAUACCUUUUCAAAUUUUCCCUUUUUCUCAUUUUCUCCUUCCUCGCCGUCUCCUUUUCUCUUUUCUUUCUCUUCAGUUUUUGCUUUUGUAUGAUAUUCCGACUUCAAUCAUUUAUUUUUCAUAUUCAUAUUCUUUUUCUUCCGUUUCAUUUCCUUCAUUCUUUCUGAAUAUAAUUCUCAUUCAUUUUUGCUUUGCCUUCAUUCCUUACUUUUUCCUUUUAUUAUUUAUGAAUGCCAUACUUUUUUCUCUUUCUUUAUGUCUUUCCUUUUUUCAUUCUCAUUUCUUUUUCUCUUUAUUUCAUCGUAGUUUUUUCUAUAUCCUUUUAUCUUUCCCUCCACUUUUCUUUCUAUCUCUUCACUUUAUUUUAUUCCUUUUCGUUUUUCGUGGUUUCCCAAAUUGUUUCCAAAUUUUCUUUUUAAUCAACUUUUCUAAGAGUAUUUCUCCCAAGUUGUUAUUCUUGAAGGCUUUUUCUUGUUUUAAGUUUUUCGUUUGUUUCUUGGUCUUUCAUCAUUUUCCAUAUUGUUUCUUUCUAUCUUACAUAUAUCUUUUUCCUUUAUUUCAUUCUUUCAUUUCCCUGUUUCUCUCUUUCAUUCAUUUAUUCUUCCACUAUUUCCUUUUCUUUUCUUUUCUUUUUGUUGUAUUUUACAAUAUUAGCUAUUUGACUAUUUUCUUUCAUUCAUUUUGCCUCCUUUUCAUCAUUUCGUCCACUUUUCUAUUUUCUUGUCUUUCUUUCUUUCUUUCUUUCUUUCUUUCUUUCUUUCUUUAUUAUAUUUAUUUAUUUUCUUGUGUCUUUUUUUUUUUUUCUUUCAUUCUUUCUUUCAUUCAUUCAUCCAGCCUCUUGCGUAAUAAUGUUUUCCUUUCUUUACACAGGGGCAUCAGAAACGAACCGUGA